AUGAGUAUAACUGACAUCUUCUCGGUGGACAUCGCUCUCCGGACUGGGCAGAAUAAUACCCACGAGUCAUAUCUUUACUCUCAUUUGACGGGAGAUAAAAUCCAAGGCGUAGUCACCGUUCGUUCGCAUUGUGAUAUUCGUGUGGAUGGGAUCGAAAUAUCGUUUAUAGGAGAGGAAUGGACGAGACUACAAACUGGAAAGGCCUACCGUCAAUUCCAGGAUCUCAAGUUCUUAAUUGAUGACUCAUGCCUUCCACCUCAUAAGCUCUUCAAGGAACGUCACAAGUAUCACUUCGAAUUCACCUUCGAGGUGCCAGACCAUCUGUCUCCGGAUGUCUGCAACCAUACGAUUACGAGCCCGGCCAUUCGACAGGCCCAUCUACGGCCUCCCCCAAGCUUCGGUGAUCCCUCCGUAUCUGGCUUCGGAGGCAAGUUAAAGGACGACUAUGCGCCGCCGGAAUGCAAAAUUCUAUACACUAUCCAAGCCGCUUUGUUUCGCAAUAUCCCCGUCAUCGACAGGCGGGAUAUUCUGCUCGUACACAAGAUCAAGCUACGAGUCAAACCGGCCGUCGACGAAUGGCCGCCUCUAGAUAUGUUGGACAGCGCGAAUGACUAUUGCUUAGAAGCAGAUCGCGCAGUUCUCGACAGUCGCUCAAAGGAGGAGUACGGCCAGUUGACCGUGACGUUGGAGCCACCGAAAAGCUUCCGUCUUCCGCUACGAGACCCACACAGUUUAAUAAGCAGCACAGUCAACCUGUUCCUGCACUACCGAGUCACAGGGGAUCAGUCUGCCCUGCCCCAGAUUCAGUCAUUCCGGGGACGACUCGUUGCUACUACAUUCUACACGACAUCCUACUAUGAAGCCGUACCAGCAAAGAAGAAAGAUUUCUUCGGCAGACCGAAGAAUUACUCCGAAAGCCCCUUUCCGCCAUUCUCAUACUCUAUAGCCUCGGUAGACUGGGUGCCCGCCGAAGAAAACUGCUACGUAGCAACACUGCUAGUGCCCAUCACAUUGCCACGUCUGAACUUCAUCCCGUCGUUCCACACCUGCCUUACUUCCCGCGUGUACGCCCUGGACUUGCGACUGGUGGUCCCCGGCGCUGCGCCGUUUUAUCUGAAAGCGCCCGUGCACAUUUACGCCCAGCGAGACCCAUCCGCGUUGCCGUCGUACAUCGCGUCAGUGGGCUUCGACUCGUCCAAUAUUUAA